CACCGCUUGACUAUGAGUGGGCUGAAGACGCUGUGUGUGCUUCUAUGCGUGCUGAGGGCAGAUGGCAGGGGCUAUCCGGGAAGGAAGCGAGGAGUCCUGAAGCACUACAGCACCGCCAUGCAUAGGUAUCGCCACGGUCCUCAUAUGUGCCAAUCACGAUAUGGGAAUGGGUGCUGCCUCGGAUGGAACCCAACACUGGGCAGUGGGCUGUGUGUCAUACCUGUGUGUUCCUUUGGAUGUGGAAAUGGUUUCUGUGUCGCACCCAAUCUCUGCUUAUGCAGAGGAGGUCAACAAGGAAUCUCCUGUUCAGAUGAUGGAAGGUCGGGUCACCUUUUCAGUGAUACAUUAUUAAACCACUCUGACAUUGAUGGAAACCCACCCUCAUGUCUGAACAUGAAUUGCGACCAAAGCUGUGCACUGAUUGGAGGGAUGCCUGUCUGCAGUUGUUAUGCUGGUUACUCUCUGGGAAAGAAUGGAAGGACCUGCUAUGAUGUUGAUGAAUGUUCCCGAUAUGGAGGACAAAGUCUUUGUCAGCAAAUCUGCAAGAACAACAUUGGCAGCUACAGGUGCCUUUGUUAUCAGGGAUAUCAACUCUUAGCCAAUGGGCGCUCUUGCGUUACUUCAAAAUAUUUCAGCUUAAGUGGGCUUUCUGUUUGGUGCGGGGAAUAUGGUUGCGACAUGAGCUGCAACCACGGUGGCUGUGAAGAGAUCUCCCGUGUGUGCCCUGUUGGCUUCACCAUGGUCGAAACCAGCACUGGAAUUAACUGCAAAGAUAUCAAUGAGUGCUCUACUGCCUCUUGCAAAGGGCAGUGCCUGAACAAGGAAGGCGGAUUUGUGUGUGACUGCAGAGCAGGAAUGCAGCUCUCCGCAGACAAGCACAGCUGUGUUGAUAUUGAUGAAUGUGCGGGAAACAGGUCCCCGUGCCAACAGAGGUGUCAAAAUGUGAUCGGCAGCUUUAAGUGUUCCUGUAGGCUCGGCUACUACCUCCACAACAAUGGGCAUUUAUGCACAGAUGUGAAUGAGUGCCGAUGGGUUGGGGAGAGCCGGGUGUGCCACCAUUCGUGUCACAACACUUUUGGCAGCUACCUCUGCUCCUGUCGUGCUGGUUUCCGACUUCAGGCUGACAGGAAGAUGUGUGAAGACAUUGAUGAGUGCAAGGAGGAUGACUCUCUUUGUGAAAACCAUUGCCUCAACACCAUGGGAUCAUAUCAAUGUGUCUGUAUGGAGGGCUUUCAGAUGGUUGAAGGACAGUGCCUAGAUAUAGAUGAGUGUGAAGCAGAUGGACACAAUCUCUGUGAGCACAGGUGCAUUAAUACAAUAGGCAGCUUCAAGUGUACUUGCCCCCUUGGUUAUGAGAUGCUCAUUGAUGGACAGAUGUGCAUAGAUGUGAAUGAAUGUGAAAAGAGCAAUUGCUCCCACAUCUGUGUGAAUACCUUGGGCAGCUUCCAGUGUUUGUGCCCGCGUGGUUAUACUCGGCACACAGAUGGCCACAACUGUCAAGACAACAAUGAAUGUGCUGCUUCUGAAAAUGGCCGAUGUGCCCAUAACUGCAUCAACACAGCUGGAAGCUACUACUGCACUUGUCAUCCAGGCUAUCGGCUCCACUUUGACAGACAUUCCUGCAUCCCUGACCGUAUUUGCCAGUCUUGCCAGAGCGUAUGUUCCCCUGGAUUUAGCCUACUGCCUAAUGGAGUUGACUGUACAGAUAUUAACGAGUGCCUGUCCAGCCCAUGCUCCCAUCAUUGCUUUAACACUGUGGGAAGUUUCUACUGUACUUGUCCGGAUGGGUUUCACCUAAGUGUGAACAACACCUGUACAGAACGCCCACCUGCCCCGGUUGCAAUAAUGGAAUCUCUGAAGCAACCUUUGCCAGCUGCUAUUCGAGCCACUCCCUGGACACCACCAACAUCUUGCUGGCAUAAUGGGAACUUGCAACAGGAUGGUAGUACCUGGACGGUGUCGGAAUGUGUUGAAUGCACUUGUCGGUUGGGAUUAGUCUCCUGCACCACAUGCCCACCACUGCCUUGUAUCAAGACGGAGAUGAUGCCAGGGCUCUGCUGCCCUGCUUGCAAAUCCUGCCUUUCCAAUGGAAGCAUCUAUGCUCAUAACAGUUCAUGGACUUCACCAUCCCAACCCUGUCUGACUUGCUCCUGUCAGGAAGGUGAGGUACAUUGCCAACUGAUUGUUUGCAACACUUCCUGUAGCCAUCAGGUCCUUGAAGAAGGUCAAUGCUGUGGAACAUGUGAUAAGUGUCUCUAUGAGGGUAGAAUUGUGAACCACGAGGAUGUUUUCUCUCCCUCCAAUGACAAUUGUACCCUUUGUGCCUGCAUUUCUGGAAAUGUGAAAUGCAUCACACCAAAGUGCCCUCCUGUUGAAUGUGAGAAGCCAGUUCUAUUGGAUUGUUGUCCUAUAUGCCCAGCUGAGUGUAUUGAUCAUGGCGUCGUCUAUCCUCAUGGGGCAGAGUUCUCCCGGCCUGGUGUUGACUGCAUCACUUGUGCAUGUUUGAAUGGUGAAGUGGAGUGCUAUUACAGGCCCUGCCCGCUGUUGGAAUGUGCAAGGGAGGAAUGGUUUCUUGAGCCAAAUCAAUGCUGCUUUACCUGCCGUCAAGAUAAAAUUGUCAGAGGCUGUUUCAUAGAUGACAAUGGAAUCGAGUUUCCAGUUGGACAGAUAUGGUCACCUGGCGACCCCUGUGAAGUGUGUGUGUGUCAGGCAGAUGGUUCAAUUGUCUGUAAGAGGACUGAAUGCCUUGAGACAUGUGCACACCCUAUACUAGUUCCUGGCCAGUGCUGCCCUGACUGUUCUGCAGGUUGUGCCUAUGGUGGGAUGAUCUAUCAGAAUAAUGAGACCUUUCCCUCAUCUGUAGACUCUUGCCUCACCUGCAUCUGUCUGUCUGGCUCUGCCGCCUGCUCUCCUGUGGAGUGCAAAGUUCACUGCGCCUAUCCUUUCCAUUCUGAAGGCGAGUGCUGCCCCCUUUGUAUGGACUGCAACUAUGAAGGGAGGAAGGUCACCAAUGGCCAGACGUUUCAGCCUGAGAACAGACCCUGCCACUACUGCAUCUGCCAAAUGGGAGAAGUAAGCUGUGAAGUUCAGGAGUGUGAGCCCCCUUCCUGUGAUCAUCCCCAUUCUGUCCCAGGCGACUGCUGCCCGACAUGCUCAGUGUGUCUGUACGAUGGUCAGAUUCUGGAAGAUGGGGGUUAUUACAUCUCAGCUGCAGACCCUUGUGUUGUCUGCCUUUGUACGAACGGUAACGUGGAGUGUGACUGGAAAGGUGACAGCUGCACAGAACUGGAGUGUGAACAGCCUCUGCGUCAUGUCAUUGGCACGUGCUGUCCUAUAUGUCCAGAUCAAUCCAUGGCUUCACCUCCCACUGAGAGUUCGGGCUUACAUCCUCCGAUCACAGGCAAUACUCUCCCUGAGAUGCCAGCACCAACACAAUUCUAUCAUAGCCCUCAGAGAGCAAAAGCUCAACAACCGACCUCAGACACAAAAGCUGAGUUGAUCUCCUUGUCUCUCUUAAGCAGUGCAAUGCCUAAAAAGUACAAUCUGAAUCAAAUUUUACCUUGGAGCAUCAAGAGACGGCUCAGACAGGAACUAAAUACUUCAUCUAAGAGUCAAAGAAUUAUCACAACCAAGCAACCAAUGGCUAAGAAAAUGGGCAUUAUUUCAGAUGGUGCCCCCUGGGGGAUCUCCAUUCUUCCUCCAUCAGAAACAUUCAAAACCACUUCAAUGGCUUCUGAGAAAAUUAAAGAUGAGAUGGUCCAGGAAAACUUGAAUUGUCUAGAUGAAGAUGGGCUUGUGUUCAGCCACGGGCAGACUGUUCCCAGAGAAGAUCCUUGUAUUAUAUGCCUGUGUGUGAAAGGCACAAUUUUUUGCAAGUCACAGAAGGGACAAUGUCCACACUUGCUGUGCGACUUAAUGCAGCAGAAAACUCCCGAUAACCAAUGUUGCCCAGUUUGUGUUGAUUUAGGCUGGUGUGUGCACCAGGAUCAAGUACAUGAGGCUCAAAGCCAGUGGCUACAUGGGUGUGAUCUCUGCCACUGUAACAAUGGAACUGUGGAGUGUCAGACCAAGCCCUGUUCUCCUCCCAUCUCCUGCCCACCACAGUACAUCUUGACCCUGCCUGAUGGAGGGUGUUGCAUGACCUGCGUACAAAUCAAAGCAAGGAGUUCUUCCUGCAUUGUGUUUGGAGGGUCCCAUUACGUGACCUUUGAUGGCCUGUUCUACGAUCUUAAUGGAACACGUACCCACCUUGUAGCUAAGGACUGCGAGUCAAACAGUUUCAAUGUAGUUUACCACAGUAAAAUGAAUGGCAAUUCUUCGGAUCCUGGGACAAUGGCCUUCAUUGUACAAACUAAAAAUAGAACCAUCGAGCUUUCAGCCGGGCGUCCCGUUCAGGUGAACAAUACGGAAAUGCCACUAAAUUACUCUACAUCAAACAUCUCCAUUUAUCACUCAGGACUCUAUGUCAUUUUGAAGCUACCAACAGGCCUUGUCAUCACUUGGGAUGGAAACCAUUUUGUAGAACUUAAUGCCCAAGACUCAUUGCAGUCGAGGAUGUGUGGACUGUGUGGCAACUUUAAUGGAAACAAAUCAGAUGAUUUUGUGUUGCCAGAUGGAGAAGAGACUUUGUCGCCGACUGAGUUUGGAAAUGGGUGGGUAAUCGAGCAGAAGAAUGGCAGUUUGUGCACUGCCAACAAUACUGAAGAUCUGUGUAAUGGGACGAGACUUCAUGACCACCAUUUGGCAAAUGACACAUGCAGCAUUAUCAUGGGUCCCUUAUUUCGGCCAGCACAUGACCACAUUAACCCACAGCCUUAUUACAGGGCUUGUCGGCAUGACUUGUGCACCUGCAUGGAUCGGACAGGGUGCCUGUGCAGCAUUCUGUCAGCCUAUUCGUUCCGUGCCCUGAGGCUCGGAAUCAUCUUAACCUGGAGAAGCAAAAUGCUCUGUGGUGUGACUUGCCCUGAUGGUUCAAGUUACAGUGAAUGCAGUUGCCUGCAGACCUGUGCCACCUACCAGCAGUCAGACAUUCAAUGUUCCACCAGCUCCUGUCUACCGGGGUGCCAGUGCCCUGCAGGUUUCUUCAUGCAUCAAUCAAGUUGUUUGCCUCCUUCAAUGUGUCCAACAGAGUCACUGAACAGCCAGAAUGAGACAUCCUCCUAUCCAGAUUUCUGACAACAGGGUGGUGUGUUUAAAGAACCACAUCUACAUUUACUACAAAGUCUGCAUGACAACAAAUUUCACAACAUAUGCUGGUGAUAUUAAACCUGAUUCUGAUCCUGACCUUCAUGAUGGGAGGUGUCAUGAGCCCUCACUGAAUAGAUUUGAACUCCACAACUGGUCUGAGACUGGACGGCAUACACUGGAGUCUGAGUGGCAGCUUUAAGGCCUGUGAUAUUUUGAAGUAUUUUAUGUCAAAUACCAAAUCUGUGAACUACUGAUCAAUAGAUUAUUGAACAAUAUUUUAUUUAUUAAGAUGGUACAGCUCCCAUAUUAUUACCUCAUUAGAAUCAAAAACUACUUUGUACAGUAUUGUAUUAUUAUCUUUGUAUUUUUGUGGAAUGUAAUAUUUGAAUUAGUAUUGUUUUUACAUGAAAUGAGAGAUUUGAAUGAUAAUGUACUGUUAUUAAUAAGAAUUUCAUAACCCUUUGAUAUCUGUUAUUGUCUUUUUUGUACUUUAAAAAUU